AAUUGCGCCAGCGUGAUUUUUGAAAACAUAAUCCACCAUCACUUCUAAGUUUCGUCCUUGCGUAAGAUCUAACUUUCUGGUCAAUUUACUUGAAGUUUUAAAGUAUUGUAUUGGAGGUCAAGCGUAAACAUUUGGGAAUAUUGAGUUUGAUGAUGUCGGAGUCCGCUUCACCAGAAACAGGAGACUUGGUAGAUUUUUCAUCAGGCAUGGAGGAUCAGGAGGAUGUCUCCUCGACUACACCAUCUUUGGAUGACAUUGUAAAAGACGAACCAUCGCCAGAAGGUGAAAACGUGCCUGAUGAAAGAGAAGAAACGUCGGCUGUCGAAGAUCUAGUAUCAGAGCAAGUAGAAUCGGAAGAAAAACCAGAAGAACCAGCCACAAAAGGUGAGAUUGGCAAUUAUGGCUGAUGGUUGUACAUGUGUAUUUAUGUACUGUACUAAGGAGCGCUAAACUUAUUGAACUGGUUUGCGCGGAUGAUGUAAAGUAGCAGAGCUAAUUACGUUUGAUUUUUGUUGUAACUUUGCAAAUGUAGUUCGAGGUAGAAGACAAGAAGUGCACUUUAUUCUGAGAUCGAUUGCCGGCAAACGAACACAGAGACAGUGAAGAAGGAUUACUUCAGUAGGCCGUGAGCUAAUAUUUUGUUAAAAAAAUUUGAUCUUUGUUGUAUUGUAGAGCUGACAAGUUGGCCGGCGGUAUGGAUGAAACAAAACGGCGUGGAUCAACGAGGUAUAUAGCUCUCAAUAAUCGGGAAUAUUUAAGUAAAGGUUCAUUGUUGCUUAGAUGACCUGCGGAGGCGAGCGAGGCACUCGACACGACAGAACGUGUACAAGAUUUUCUUUGUUGGCCAUCGAAGUUGACUCUUCAUCGUCGUUGAAAUCAAUAUCUCGUAAAAAAAAAAAAAAUGUUAACAGUAAGGUAAUAUAUUUUAUUUACUGCGAAUUCAAUUGCACGGACUUGAAACUGUGUUACGGUGUUAUCUACUGUAGACCAGGGCGCUGUCUUAAAAAUGAAAACAUAUGAAACGAUGGUCGCACCCUGUUCAUUGCUUUAUUGGAAACUUCAUUCGUUUAUUAAAUCGCAACCAAAGCCCAGAAUAUAGGGAGGAAUUGAGAGUAAAUAGCUUCAUUAUGGUUAGGCAAUUUUCCCCAUUUAAAAUUGGCCUUGAAUCGUGUAUUGGACUCUUCUCCACGCAUAUGACCAUGCCAUUUUGUUUACAGGAGAAAGUGAAUCAUUCAUUUUCAAUUCAAAUCUAUUCGUAUUAUGUUUUUGCCCCAGAUAUUCAUAGAAGUUCUUUCCAGUUGACUGACAUAAUUAUUCCCUAUGAUUAUGUCAAACUGAAUUAUUUAUAAGUAACCACCUUAUAUUUUGGUUUUUGACUAAGAUUUGGGGUGGGGUCUAUAAACUAACUUAAAUUUUUUCACUUCAUUUCUGGUUAUUUACAUGAGUCACAUUCUUUUCUGAUAAAUUUUACUUUUCAUGUAGCAGAGUUUCUUGAUUUUUCCAUGAAAGUACGAUGAGAUCAAUGCUUCUUAGAGUUUUCAAUAUUACACCUGCUGGUGUAUUUACAAUAUUCCUUUCAAUCCUGUUGCUCUUGUAGAUUCAGUUAUUUGAUCCUAUCUUGCAGAGGAAUUGUUUUCAGCUUUUAUGUAAGAAUACACCUCCUCUGUGUAUCUAAUGCUGAAAAACUCGUUGUAUGGACUGUUCCUUUUUUUAUGGUACAAGUUAUUAAGCAUUCUAUCAGGAUUAGAAUUUAAAUCCGUUUUGAAAUAAUUCCACACCCUAUAUGCUUGUACAAAAUUUAAUGUAAAGUCAAAUGUUAUGCUUAUUUUUUGAGUGAAUUUGCAUUUUCACUUUCAUAUUUUGUAUUGUGGUGGUUCUGGUCUAAGAGACAUUCUUCUAAUGAAUUUUUGUUUCAUUCUUCUUUGAGGGUAAAACUCUGUUACCACUGGAGAAUUAAGCUUCUAUUCUUUGUAGUCUACCUUUACUGUUCCCCAGCAUUCCAAAUAAAUUUUUUAAAGCAUCAUACUCUUCCUAUUAUUUGAGCCAGUUACUUUGUGGCGUUAUUUUUGGCAACACAGACAAUUUUUUAAAACAUUUUGAGAGAGGACAGCAUGCCAUACAGAUUUGUCUUAGUAGAUUGAUGCAAUUUGUUGUAGAAGCUUUCAAGGGAGUUAACACAUCAGAACUUGAUUUUUAUUGCAGAUUAGUUACCUUCAAACAAGACCAGAUUGUUCCUUCUGUUGAAGUUCACUUAUUUUAAAAAACUAUUUAUACAGGCAAACUCUUCUGAUAUCCACUUCUUAUGCUUUCAAUAGACAGGAAUGAUACAAAUAAGUAAAGCAAAAGAUUGUUUGAGGUCUUUUGAGACUAGAAUGUGGAGUUAAGAGAAAAUAGGAAAAGCGAGGGAAUUUUGAUGUACAGUUUAGUUUCAAUCUUUCAGAAUUACUGAAAACCUGCAGAAUUGGUUUGAGAUUUGUACGCCAUAUGGUGGCUGUAGUAGAGAUGCAGAGUUCACUUUUUAAAUUUGAAGCAUUCAAAAUAUUUGAUUGCCCACAAGGUGUUAGAACUGUUAAUACAGAGAUCUGUACUGUUCAGAAAGUUUUGAUGUAAUUUCUGCUCUUUCUUGUUUUUAGUAAUUGAUCUGAUCUACUGGCGGUGUCUGAAGAAAACAGGAAUAGUGGUUGCCAUUGAACUGGUUUUGUUGUUCUCUUUGACCAUGUAUACAUUCCUCAGUGUUGUGACCUUCUUCUCCAUGGCGCUGUUAACAGUGUCGCUGCUUUAUAGAGUUGGCAUGACUGUUAUGGGUGCUAUCCAGAAAAGCGGCACUGAGAAUCCCUUCAAGUAAGUGCUUAAAAAGGUACUGAACAGCUUUUGGUGACCAACCAUUAAAAUAGCAGAGCUGUUGCAGUGUUCUUCUCUAUUUUAAGUAUGACAGGUGAAAGAAAUUUUCAAACUGUUUGAGUUUGAUCCUGUUUUUGAAUUUUCAAAAAUUUUUAGAAAUCCUAGCUGGUAAUAAGAGGCACUACAAGUGGUAAAUUUAAGAUGUUAGUGCCUAAAAAAGAGAACACUGAUGUUGAAAGCUAGUUUUUCACAGGGAAACGUAAUAACCAUGCGACCUUUAUUGCCUGAAGAAGACUUGCAGUAUGCAGUCAAAAUGGCAUGACCCUCAUAGGAAAUGACCAUGUCAUGAGGCCCACCAUAAUACUUCAUCACUACUUUUUUUCACAAUGUUUGUAUGUUUACUUGAUUUACCACCUCCCCAAUGGGGGCUCUUCAGGGCAAAUAUGAAGAAAUCGUGACAUUGUUAAGGAAGGUACUGUUUAAAACACUCAACUGGCGGGAGGCAGACCAGUUGGCCAUACAUAAAGUGCAGCUAAGUAAUUGAACUCUGGACAGCUGAGAAAAAAUCAGUUGAGAUUACAAGCCAGCAUUCUGACUACUUGGCUACACUGCUUCCUCUAAGGAGGAAUGAUGAAUAAUGAGGAAUAACUAAUAUUUUUAAAUCAAAUUUAAAAUGUAACAGUGUAAGCUUAAAUUGUAUCAACAAGCUUAACACAACUUUGUACCUGUAUCCAAAGUUGCACUAUUAAGUAUAUUCAUUUCAUGUGACUUCUUUUCUUCCAUCUUUGACAGAACUGUUCUUGAGAGAGACGUGGAUAUCCCCAAAGAAAAGGUAAAAUGAAAUUUGGUCUUUUGCAUGGUGGUUUCCUGUAUUAAAAUCCUCUACAUAGAGUUUCUCGAUGUUUUUGCUUUAAGUGGCCUUGGUUGGACUCUUCAGAAAAGGUUUUGCAAUCAGAUGAAUUGAACCUCGGCACUCAGCACAAAAAUGUCUUCUGGUCACUGUGUGUUAUUGACCAAGUGUCAGGUCAGGAUUGGUGGAUACUGACCAAGACAAAUUUAUGUGUGAGAGGGUUAGUUUGUGCAUACAGUUUUUGUUUUACAUAUUAAGCAUAGAACUGCUGCAGUGCAACCUAAAGUUUGAUUGUGUUACUCAUUGCAGGCUGUGGAGUUUGUAGAGGCCAGUAUUGAUCAUAUCAACUGUUAUUCCAAGGAACUGAGGCGACUCUUCCUAGUAGAGGAUAUUGUUGACUCCAUCAAGGUAUAUAAUAGAAUGUCAAGUGUGCUCUUAUGUCUGCCAUUCUUUUAUAGUAGCUCCUUAAUGAAUUGAUAAAAUUCAAGAUGAAUUGAGCCCAGAUCAUUUUAACAAUGAUCUAAGCAAAGACUUAUUCAUUGCUAUGUAAAGGAAACAGAGGUUAUUCUUGACUUAAUGUGGCUUUUGAAAAUGGCUUCUGAACUGUAGUGUAAAUAUGGCUUAAGGCAGAUGAGUCAGCUUCUUUACUUAGUGGCCAAUGGUUGUAAUUUUUUGCAGUUUGGACUUUUGUUAUGGGUUCUAUCCUAUGUUGGAGCUUGGUUCAGUGCCUUAACUCUCAUCAUUAUCGGUGGGUGCCUUCAAUACAAGUCAUUUUAUCAGUGAGUGUGUGAGUGAGUGAAUGAGUCAGUGAUCAAGUUGGUUAGAGAGUGAAUCAGGAAGUCAGUGAACGAGUCAGUGAUUUAGUCCUUCUGUAUCAUUAUUUCCUGGUGAUUUCCUCGACAGGUGUUAUUGUCCUAUUCUCUGUGCCUCGCUUGUAUGAAGAUCAUCAGGUGCGUAAUAAAAUUGAGCAAUGAUUAGGAAUUCAUAUCUCUGUAUCUCGUUUGAUUUAAGAGAAUUUUUUAUGUUGAAAUUGAUAAGAAGUACAUUUUUUCCCCUUACUUAAUAUUUGUUUUCACUUUCAGGAUAAGGUUGAUGAGUAUGUCCAAUUGGCUCGAAAGAAAGUUGGAAGCCUCAUUGAACAGUAAGUUGUUGUUGCUUUUUUUUAUUCAACAAUAAUUUACCAAAGUGGAAGUGAAUAUUGGUGGAUAUUUAACAAGCCAUGAAGUAGCAAGGUAGAUGUCCACCACUUUUACUGAUACUGAGGUGAAUAAAUGUCUCAGUAUAUAGCACACAGUAACCAAAAUAUUUGUUUAUUUUUGUCCAUAUUCUGAAAAGUUAGAAAUUACACUUGUGACUUACAAUUUUGUCCCUUCUGAAUUAGCAAAUAGCACUAUUUCCUGCAAGGUAUUUACCAGCAAUGCUUAUUAACAAUUUUUUUUAAAGGGACUUGAAUGUUCACUGUGGAUGAACACUUGACCUGUUUGACCAUAAUUUUCACAUUUUGUAUCUUUCAGGGCAAAGUCCAAGCUGCCUGCUAAACUGCAAAAGCAGAAAGCUUCAUAAACACCAAAACUCCAGUUCAUGGAAUUCAAAUGAUUCCAAAAUGAGAUCUGAUUUUCAAGUGUAAUUCUCCCAAUUGCCUGCCUUGCUCCUUAAUUUGUGUGGAUUUUACAUGAAUGUCAGAGAAAGUUGAAAUCUGUUGGAAUUUUGUUUGACACUCUUUACUACAGCAUUGGUAGCAGUCGUUGGUUUUCUUUUUAUGGAAAUGGCUUCACUGAAGAGGUACUGAGUUGAAGACCCAGCCAUGGUGUGAAAUUUUCCUUGAAAGCUUCUUUGUCUCAACUGCUGUGGUUUAAGCUCUAUAAGGUGUUUCCUAUGAAGCUUGGCCAUUCCCUUCAGAACAGAACAUUAAUUAUUUUGAGCACAUGUAAUAAGGGUUCUUUGUCUGUGAAUGACACUUGUUUAAAAUGAUUUCAGUAAUGAAGUAGAUAGCAUUUUGCAGAGGUUGGUUUUUGAAAAUUGUUGUUAUUUAUAGAUUUUCUUGACAGUGCAGAAUUGUUCAUGCAGAUUUCGUCUACUAUGUCUGUUGAAACUACAGAUAUUAAAGGUUUCAUUUGGGUUGGUUGAAUGAGGAAAAGUGUUAAAACCUUUUUGUCAGGUUUGUGGGUAUUUUGCAGAGAUGAAUUCUCGUUAUGUAGUCUGUUCUCUGAAGGAGUGUGUCCACUGUUGAUAAAUCUGUUAAUAUUGAAAUUUGUGAUGGCUGUAGUUUGCACCUGGAGUCCCAAGAUCACAAGUUUGCUGAAUGGGAUCAAUUUCAUCAUGUGUUAAAAUGAAAUAAGCUGUUUAACUAUAAUACACAUUUGGGAAGUGGGAUGGUAGGGGAACUGUCAACAAGACUGAACUAGAGUAAUGGUAUUUAAUCCAAACUUUUUCUUUGUGUUCCUCAGAAGGUAGGCUUUGUUGUUUGUUGUGGUGAUAUUCUGCAAGUUUUGUGUCUGAUCUUCGAAGUUGAA